AAAAAAUAGAUAUUUAUAUUUGAUUGUAUGAGCAGAAAAGAAUAAGACAUCAAAAGAUUGAUUGCUUCAUAAGUAAAAAUGUUAUUUAGAUUUCUCUUUAGUGCCACGUUGGAACAAAACAACUUCAUUUUGACAUGAAGAGAUAUGUAUCUCAUAGAAGUGAUAAUGGUUCAUACAUCCUCAAUUUAGAGGAAACCUGGUAACACAUUAAGUUGGCUGCCAGAGUUAUUGCUGCAAUUGAAUAACCUCAAGAUGUUAUGGUAUGAGAAACAUGAAUAAUUCAGGUUGUUUCAUCAAGACCAAUUGGUUAAAGAGCAGUCAUUAAGUUUGCUCACUACACAUUAGCCAGUUCAACAAGAUCAGCAAGAUGGACACCAGGUACAUUGACAAAUCAAUCCAACAGUGCCAGUGGUAAAUUCUAAGAACCAUAAUUGUUGAUUGUCACAGACCCUCAUUUGGUAAGAAUAUUUGAAUUAAUAUAUUUUAUAGGAUAGAUAAGCUAUUGUUGAAGCCUCAUACGUUAACAUUCCAGUCAUUGCCUUGUGCAACUCUGACACUCCAUUAUAAUAUGUUGACAUCCCCAUCCCAGUUGGAAACAGAGAAACCAAAUCCAUUUCAAUGAUCUAUUGGUUGUUGGCUAGAGAAGUCAAAAUAUUAAGAGGAGAAUUGAGACAAGGUAUCUAUUGUUAAUAUUCAAUUAUUUUAGAUGAAGAAUGGGAUGUUUUGGUUGAUUUGUUCUAUCACAAGGAAAUUACCAACGAUUAAUUGGGCAUCACAGACAAUUAAGUCAAAUAAGAAGUUGAAGGUGAAGAUCAUGAAAAUUAAGCUGAAGGCGAAAAGGCAAAAUAAGACUGGUGAUAAAAUAUAUUAAUAUUAUGUAAAGUACAUGUACAAGGAAUGCGUUUAAAU